AUGCAGUUGCUUAGAACGAGUCUUUUGCUCCUAUUGCCCUUUGUGGCAGCAAGUCCUGUCCCAUCGGACGACAAAGACAUCAUCCCCGGGAAAUACAUUGUAACUCUGAAAGAUGGUAUCACGCAGGCGGAUAUGGAUUCGCAUAAAGCUUGGGUCGCCAAUGUGCACCAAUCGAACCUCGCCGCUGCUGCAUCGGCAGGCCGAACUGGAGGGGAAUCCGGGGGCAUUCGCAAAAUUUUCCAGAUUAACAGCAUGAACGCGUACUCUGGAGCUUUUGACGAGCAGACUGCUGAGGAUAUCAAACGCCACCCAAAUGUUAAAUCUGUUUACCCCGACCGAAAGGCGUACCUUGCAGAGACCGUCACGCAAAACAAUGCGCAAUGGAACCUUGGACAUAUGUCAAGCAAGGGCAGAAGAUCCUUCACCUACAGAUAUGAUAGCAAGGCAGGAGAAGGAGUAUGGGCAUAUGUUUUGGAUACUGGAAUCAUGACCGAUCACGUCGAAUUUGAAGGCCGGGCUAUUUUGGGUUAUAACGCUGUCCCAGAUGUCCCUCAUGUAGAUAAUGUUGGGCACGGUACGUAUGUCGGCGGCAUCAUUGGUGCAAAGACUUGGGGUGUUGCCAAAAAGGCUACUGUGGUGUCUGCAAAGGCCUUCCACGGCACAUCGGGCUCAUAUGAGCAUAUUUUCGAUGCAUUCAACUGGAUCGUCAAGAACAUCACCGAGAGCGGGCGUCAGAAGCAGUCCGUGAUCAACAUGAGUAUCACUAGCGCAAAGUACCAACCAUUCGACGAUGCCGUGGAGGAGGCGUUUAAAGCUGGUGUCUCAGUCGUCGUUGCUUCUGGAAACAACGGGAGAGAUGGAACAAACAACACUCCGGCAUCGGCUCCCAACGCUAUCACUGUAGGAUCAGUCCGCUUUGAUAAUACCCGAUCAUACUUCUCCAACUAUGGACGGGUCGUUGAUAUUUAUGCUCCGGGUGAGAGAAUCACCUCCUGCUGGAUGGGCGGAAGGAAUGCAACCCGCAAAUCUGACGGGACAUCGGUCGCAUCUCCCCACGUUGCUGGCCUGGUUGCCUACUUGAUGAGCAUUGAGGAUCUCCCCACCCCGGGAGCGGUCACCAAGAGGGUCCUCGAACUUUCCAUCCCUGAUUUGGUCAAAGACCCGGGAGCCAACACUGCCAACCGCCUUGCCUACAAUGGUAUCCGGGAGAGAAGUUAA